CCCGCCGAUUGGCUCUUUUUUUUUCUUCCUCCUCUCACGCGCACAAAUGCAACCGUGAAUAUUUGACAAGUUGCGAUCGAGACUCCCCGGGUGGAAGAAUCGAGCACAAUGGGACUAUGGCGUUGUGGUACUUUUUCUCUUUCGUUCGCCCUGCUCCUGCACGUCUUUCACGCCAAGUUUGGGGUGCGAGCGGGAAUAAGUUUUACAGCGGACAGGCGGUUUUACCGUUUGGAGUCUCGCGUUGGCCGCGACGAAGCGUACUCGGGAGUCUCGAUUCAACUUUUGGACGACAACUCCGAGCCAAAGUGGCGUGAAAAGACGCGGGUCGGGACCGAGGCACCGAAAACGGAGCCGAUUGAAGGAAAGGCGUUUUCUGAGAGAAAACGUGUGCUUCGAAGGAGCGUCCGAGGGGCUCCCAGCUACAGAACCGAAUAUCGGCGCGCGGGCGAGGAAGCCAAAGGUGCUCACCCGAGGCAAAGUGAUCCGCACCUGGACACUUCCACUUUCGCUCUGUCGGGAGAUUCUGCACACAACCAGGCGAUGGUUCACUGGUCCGGACACAACAGCAGCGUGAUCCUCAUCCUGACAAAGCUGUACGACUUCAACCUGGGCGCCGUUACCGAAAGUUCUCUGUGGAGGUCCAGCGACUAUGGGAGCACCUACACAAAGCUCAAUGACAAAGUGGGCUCAAGGACCGUGCUGAGUUACCUUUACGUGUGCCCCACCAACAAACGGAAGAUAAUGAUGCUGAGCGACCCGGAGGUGGAGAGCGCCGUUCUGAUCAGCUCGGACGAGGGGGCGAGCUUCGAGAAGCAUCCUAUUAGCUUCAACGUUCUCAGCCUCCUCUUCCACCCGGCUCAGGAGAACUGGAUCCUGGCCUACAGCCAUGACGGCAAGCUGUACAGCUCCAUGGACUUUGGGAAGAGAUGGCAGCUCGUGCACGACAACGUGAUGCCGGGUCGAUUCUACUGGGCUGUAAUGGGCUUGGACAGAGAGUCGGACGCGGUCCACAUCGAGACGCGGGUCGCCAAAGGCCGUGCUCAGUACGUGAAGUGCAGAGCCCAGCGCUGCACGGAGGCCAACAGGCAGUACCUCUUCCCGGGACACGUGGACACCAAUUCGCUGGUCGUGCAGGAUGAAUACGUUUUCACUCAGGUAACCAAGUCGGGCCGAGCCAGCUACUUUGUGUCCUACAUGAGAGAAGCGUUCAAGCGCAUGCAGUUACCCAAGUAUUGUCUGCCCAAGGACAUGCAUAUCAUCAGCACAGAUGAGAAGCAGGUGCUUGCCGCCGUCCAGGAAUGGAACCAGAACCACACCUACAGCCUCUACAUCUCCGACUCGCCCGGUGUCUACUUCACUCUCUCGCUGGAAAACCUCAGGACCACCAGGGGACCCACUGGUAACCUGCUGGUCGACUUCUACACGGUGGAGGGCAUCAACGGCAUGUAUCUGGCCAACAAGCUGGUGGACCACCGCGUCAAGACCUUCAUCACCUUCAACAAAGGACAAACCUGGGCCCUGCUGCCGGCGCCCGCCGCCGACGCGGCCGGGAGCAACAUCCACUGCGUUCGGCCUUUCUGUUCGCUGCAUCUCCACCUCGAGAUGUCUGAGAAUCCCUACAUGUCCGGACCCAUCACCAGCAAAAAGUCCGUCCCAGGCAUCAUCGUUGCGACAGGCAAUAUUGGAACGGAAUUGUCCUCCACCAACCAUGGCAUGUUCAUAACGUCCGAUGCAGGAAAUAGCUGGCGUCAGAUAUUUGAUGAAGAACACAACAUUUGGUUCCUGGACAACGGAGGAGCUUUGCUGGCGGUGCUGCGCGCGCCCACGCCGAUUCGACACUUGUGGAUCAGCCUGGAUGAAGGCAAGAAGUGGGACCGUCACACGUUCUCCCUGACGCCUUUCUACGUGGACGGAGUCCUGAUGGAGUCGGAAUCGGACAAUCACAUUAUCACUUUCUUUGGACACUUCAGCCAUCGGUCCGAGUGGCAGCUGAUGAAAAUCGACUACAAGGGCCUGUUCAGUCAGAGAUGCAUGGACGGAGAUUAUCAGACGUGGACUCUGCACAACAAGGGUGAGCUGUGCGUGAUGGGCGAGAAGCAGAUUUUCAUGAAGCGCAGGCCCGGAAACCCCUGCAUGCUGUCCCAGGACUAUUCUAGGAUCUAUUCAUCCGAGCCAUGCCAAUGCACCGCCUACGACUUUGAAUGCGACUACGGUUGGGAACGUCGCAGCGAUGGGAAGUGCUCCCCUGCUUUUUGGUUUGAUCCCAAUGGGGUGGCCAAAAGUUGCAGCGCGGGCCAGAGUUUCCUCAACAGCACCGGGUAUCGCAAGGUUUUGUCCAAUAAUUGCAAAGAGGUCGGGACGAACGUGUACUCGCCCAGGCGCCAGGGAUGUCGCCCUACACCGCCCCGAGGCCUCCGCUUGACCACCGGCGGCGGCGAGCUCAGUGCCCUCGUCGGAAGCAACGUGACGUUCGUGGUGCAUCUGCAAGACGGAGACUCGCUGAGGACCAGCGUCCAACUCGACUUCGGCGACGGCAUCCGAAUCACUUACUCCAACCUGAGCCGGGCCGACGACGGCAUCCAGCACGCCUAUCGAGCCACGGGGAUUUACCGCGUGACGGCGGCGGCCGAGAACAGUCUGGGAUCCGACAGCUGUGUGCUCUAUCUGCACAUCAUCAGUCAAGUGGAACGCGUGUACCUCUCGGUGCCUCUUGUGGCCGUCAGGGGGAAGGAGACCAAUCUGACGGUGGUGGUUUGGCCCAGUCACAUCAGGACGUUGACCUUCUUCUGGUGGAUCGCCAACAGCACCGAGCCGAUUGUCACGCUGGAUGGGAGUAUCUCGUACACGUUUCAGAAGGAAGGAACAAAUAAGGUCACGGUCCAGGUGGCUUCUGGGAGCGCGGUGAUGCAGGAUUCCAGGGAUAUAACAGUGAAAGAGUUUUUCAGGUCGCUGCUGUUGUCCUUUUCGCCGACGCUUGACGAGCACAAUCCUGACAUCCCCGAGUGGCGGGAGGACAUAGGCCGCGUGGUGCAGACAGCCCUGUCACGGGUUUCCGGUGUUCCCGCCAGUCAGCUGCUGGUGUCGUUGUACCCUGGACUCCCGACCACGGCGGAGCUCUUCAUCCUGCCCGAUGUGAUCACACCAAAUGAGCACAAAAGGCAAACGCGGGAGGAACUGCAGAUGAUAUCUGACGUUUUCGUCGCCCUCCUCAACCAAGGCCGCGUCCACUUUGAGCUGAAGGUUGACACUCGCAUCGGCGUCCACGUCACUCAGCAAACUCUGGCGCCACUGGUGGAUUCGACCGCCCUUCACAGCGGGUCAGCCAUGUUGGUGCUGAUCUCGGUGGUGUUUGUGGGUUUAGCGGCAUUCUUUAUCUACAAGUUCAAAAGGAAAAUCCCUUGGAUCCACGUGGAGACGGAGGACAGUCGUGAGAAGGAACCCGAGGUGAUCAGCACGGUCAGUCAGAAGGACGACAUGUCCAAGGUCAACCUCGCCGACUUUCCCUCAGAGAAGGACUUCAUGGAAAAGGAGCUGGACGCCAGGAAACGAGCGUCACUGGGGAGGAAUAUGGAUCGAAUUGUCACCAGGGAAUAUCCAAACUGUACAAACGUCUAAAGACACGCACACUGUUACCCAGUAAGUACACAAUGUCGCCGUUUCAAUUGUGCUGCGAUGGUUGGCUUUGUUAGCUUCUCUUUUUCAGAAUAGUUCUUUCAUGCUGAUGGUCGCUCUCGUUUCCUGAGUCAUGUUUUCACGCUCCAGAGUUGAGUAGCUACUUUACAAUACUUUCAGAAAAAUGCGGAUUGGUUUGCCAAGCUAGACUGUAAGGAAGUGUUUCAGGGAAACAUGAGGGAUUUCGUAGGAAAUGGUGUGGAAAAAUAAAAUAAAAUCUCACUCUCGAUUGGGUGUUAAACUGGACGACUGCACAAACAUGGCAAAAUGAAAACCUUUAUUGGGCCAAAAAAAGCACACGGCAGUGAACCCGUUACUUGCGUUUGAUAGAAACCAUAUAAAAAUAUUUAUUUUUGAAAAUAUGUAGUUUUGCCCUCCCUGCCCAUAUGCAGUCACCAGAUUUCAAGUUGUGAAAUAUGUCUGGAUUUUCAAAAAGUUCUACGCACCUGCUGCCACUCGCUGUCAAGAAACACCACUUUGAGAUGCUACGAUAGCUAACUCGGUUCUCCAAUGAAGACUAAAAAUGCUCUGUCACUCCCAGUUGAAGUUUAACCGGCAUAUGAAUCACAAGAGAAUCAAACAUUGUCAAUUUGAAGCACCGACACUUUCAAACAAAUCAUCAAUUUGUGUCUAGCGAUACGCUGCUAGCUUAAAGCUAACACCACAGAGAUGAGCUAUACCAUUAAAAUGUUGAUUACUUUUCUGUCAACUAUUCCAUUCCUCAUGCCUAAACCUGCAUAUGAAUGUCAACGGUGCUCUCUCUUUUCGACUUUCUUUUUUGAGCAGAUACAUUUUGUCCAUCUGAGCACUCUGCCAUUUUGACACGAUCCCGCUCAAGUUGACGUCAAAGUGUCGCAAACGUCACGGCUCGCCUGGUUUCAUGGCUUCGUUCGCAAUGCGAGCCCGAGGGCACUUUUGACAUCAAUUUCAGUGUAAACGGAGUAUUAACUCACAUGGAGUAGCAACGCGUACACAGUGCUGACAAUAAUAAGCACAUACAGUAUUCUGUCUGCUCUGUGGGAACAACAAAGCGUAAAACUGCACCAAAGUCCACAACUUCAUAAUCUGUCUUGCUUGUUUAAAAAAAAAAAAAUCGAGGUUCACUGUACUUGAAAAACCAAAAGCCCAAAGUGUGCUCCGUUUUCUACUAAGUAUGUCUCUGUCGCCCUUUUGUCCGAAUUCCUACUAAAACUCUCAUGAGAGCGGCCCGCGAAAGGUGAACAGCCAUUUUGUAACUUGACACGUGUACAUAAAAUCAAGAGAAGGAAAUGGACAGCUUGAUGGCUUCAUUUGAACUCAUUGUCUUAAUGUCUCACCAAUCGACUUCUGUCCGUCCACAUUUUGACACGCGCAUGCCCUAAUCAACUGUAAAAAUGAAAAAAAAAAUUGAAAAAAAAUAUAAUAUAUUAGGGUGAGCAAUUGUUCUCUGUCAUAGUGAGUUUAAAGCUUUCUUGGCACACGAAAUAAACAAAAAUGAAACGCCUUGUUCUAUAGUCCACUUGUGCGAUGACCGAGCAGUGAGCAUGAUCUCUUAGUACUACACAUGGCUUUUUUUUUGUGUGUGUGUUUGUCGUUUUUCUUACUGUGAGUACAUUUUGAAACUGGUUCAGAAUAAAUGUAUUUUUGUAUGUCA